AACGAGAAAACAGCUCACAGCUCAUUUCAUUCAGUGAGUGAACCGCGCGGUGCAGCGUUCAAUUGUUUGUCACGACACAUGUGCGAAGUCUCGCCGAAGCUUCGACUGCGUCCUCCAUGUUACGAAUCAAAUUUAAUGUCAGAUCGACGGCAGAUAGAAGAUCGGAUCAGGUCCAGGGACAAAAUGAGGUAACAUCUACAUCAGAUAACGAAAACAGGAUUGAGAGUCAGGCACGGCGUUUGGUUCGAGAAGCGGAAAUCAUAAUCUCGAGUUUCAAUGUGGGCGCUAUGAAACUAGCCGCCUAACACGAACAAUUUUCGCCUUAUUACCCAGUCUUGCUUUGCUCUCGAUCUUGUGUAGUGAGCUUUAGAUUGAAGGAAAGAUUGAUUAGUUCAACAGCUAUAGGCGGUAUGUCAAAAAAUGACUCUAAUUAUGCGCCAUUCGUUUAUGAUUUGGCUAUUUUGACCUUCCGGAGGUUGUUUUAAUGUUUUCAUCACCAACUUCGUGAUCAAAUUGUGAUGAAUUCCCGAUGUGUGACAUUACUUUCCUAAGGAUCGCUAUGUGAAUCCACGAUCAUGUUACUUUUACCUAGGAUUUUAAGUUUUUAUGGGUAUUUCUCUGAAAUAUUAGUUUAGUUUGCUAUGAAUAAAGCACGACAGCUGUGAAAAAGUUCAAAAAGCAAUUCUGAAGAUAUGUACUCUACCGAGAAAAAACAAAAAUUAUCAUUGUCUUUGAAAGAACCUUUCUUUCUUUUGAUGAAAUAAAGAUUCUUUGUAUUUGAACAAUGAAGACGGACUUUCGUCUCGUUUUUGCUGGCAACUAAAGGCAGCAAAAUUCAAGCGUCAGUGAAUUACAUUUACGCGUCCAUCGAUCCCGCCUGCACACGAGAUAUAAAUCGCAUCCACUCUUUUCGCGCGUGAUCACGCUAUAUUCACGUUGGCGACGAAAGGAAGGAAAAUCCACAUUCUCACUGUUUUGAAAUCGACUUUCUUUAAAAACAAAAACUGUUUUUGAGCUAAUUUCAAUUGAAUCUCUAUAACUGAGCAGUAAAUAAGUUACCUAGUGCAUAGAAAUCUGUUAAGCGUGUCAGCGAGAUGCCGGAGCAAACUCACCUUUGUCGAGAAUCAAUGGAUUUUUCUUUCAAUGCACCAUGCCGCCAGCAUCGCGGUCUUCAUCAGCAACUCUAUAGGAAUCAUAGGACUUAAGUUUAGUCUGUGUUUUCAAGCCUACCGUACCGUGAUACAAAACAUUUAAACAAGCUAUUUCGAAAGCUAGCUGUGUUAUUAUGAAAGAAAACAUCGAUCUCAUAGGCUUUUGGAUUGUCCAUUUAAUAAGGUUCAUUUGCGAUGUCUGAUUCCUGUAAAUGUGGUUUUGCUAAAACAGGCUUCACUGUCAAGAUAUUAUCCGAUAUUGAAAGUCCAAUUUGCCUCUGUUACAUAAUCGUGUUCUUUCAUUUUUGUUACGAUCACAACUAAGAGGUCAUUGUUGACCCCGAGUUUUCUUAACACUUCUGCGUUCAGGACGAAACCGAUAUUUACGUCUGCUGAUUGAUUAUUCUGUCAAGCGAUUUAAAAAAGAAGAACAAAAGAACACAUUGGCAAGCAAACACGAAAAAAAUAGCGCUAAGAAAGACUGGGGGCGUGGCUGCGCGCCUUCUCUCGUUCCCAGACUUCGCUUUACCACCCUUUUUCGUGGGACAGUUGAACUUAGAGCCUAGCAACCAAGCUGGCUAAGCUAGCGCAACUAAUUUUGGCGUAUCUUCAUAUGAGCAAAUAUAAACCCGUUAUCGAGCUAGAAUUUCUCGCCAAUAUUGACCGUUCAUUCGAGAAACCAGGCGCGAACUUUCAAAUUUCGUCCCGAAAACAGCUAAACUUGAGCAAGUUUCGAGUAAGAUCAUGCAAUCAGCGCGAAAAUGAUAUCGGCACGCCAGGAACUCUAGGUUGCUCGUCUAAAUAUAGAUUAAAAGAAAAUAAGAAAUGUUUGAAAUUUAUACCAGGGUUGACUGAUGAAUUCCUCAACUCGCUAACAAAAUCCUCUACAGGGUCACAAGUUGUGUAAUUACAGAUUUCUUAGUAAUUUGAUCAGAAACUUUUAAAGUAUUUUUGGUCAGAUGCAUGUGCAUAACUCCUCAAUGAAAAUUAGAUGUUUUACGCUAAAUUUAGGAGAAAAAAAUUGAGGUAUAAGUUUAGGAAAACAUGACGCAUUUCUAAAGCGUAAUUCUGAGACCAUUUUCAUGUUGAAUGGUUGAAUAAUGGGUCCAUUUUAUCUGAUUUUGAUAAUAAGAAAUUAAUUUUUUUUUAUCUAUAAGUAGGCGCCGGGCGGUCUCGGUGUUUGUGGGGUCUUGCUCUGAAGACGUUGCACUCUUCAGAUGACAACUAACCUAAGUUGACUAUUAAAAUCUUGGAGCUUUCCUUUUGAUUUCAGUAAUAUAACACAACUUGCUUGAAAAUGCACAGACCUUUGUAAAACCGAUCAGUUUGACUGCGAGUCGAAGGUUCAAAGUUGUUUCUUUUAGGUGCAAUUUGUAAUUCGAAGGAUUUGCCUGUGUUAAAGUAUUAAUUUUUAAGGAAUUUCCGGAAAUUGAUCGGCGCACCACAACCGCCAUUUUCCGCUUACGUAGGGCAUUAAAAAGGAUUUCCACUCGAGCCUGACCGAAAAAAAAAACUCAGAUAUUUUUCAGCGGGCGCAGGGCGAAACUUUAUGAAACAGCUUCAAGAUUGUCUCUCUUUGUGAAACAACAACGAAAUGGUUUCCCAACAAAUCAAAUUUUAAAGGAAGACCUUUGUAUGGUUUGGAACUUAGGAAAUAUCAAUCCGGCGAUAUCACCUGAUAUUCCUCAGUAUAAAGCCGAGGCAUGGACGCCCAUGUGAUACGUUUCAACCCAUAGAACGCGAGCGACAAAAAAAAUUUGUUAAAUUACGAGUCGGAAUGUAAAACCAGUUGUAGUCAAUCUUAGACGUUCAAUCGCAUAAAUAUUAAACCCUCUAUAAAGAACUAAGAGCUUUUUUUUUUUACCGUAAAGAGGUUUCUCAUUGGAUUUAUUGAGACUUAAGGGUCGCAGCAUUCUUCAUUUAACAAAACGGAGCGAAUUAGGAAACGUCGCGAUGAAAAAAGUGAGGGAGGCUUGGGUCGAGUCGGGCUUAUUAGGUAACCCACACCAAGCCUCCUUGUUUUUUCACUCCACCGCUUCUACAAUAUCGUGAAGAGCUGCUUACUCUUGGACGUCGUUUUAACAACUGAGCGCCUGCACAAGCCCCCAAGGGUCGCAAUAAAUGGAAAUUCGUUCUUGCAGUGAGAAACAGAAGACUCAAAGAAAAAGUCGUAAAAUCUCGGAAUACCUGAGGGUAUGCCUCAGCCUAGGAACCUUUUUUCGUCGAGUUUUGCGGGGAAGGUCAAUGAACCCAGUGCCAGCUCGAAUUUAUCGAGCAGGCGCGCAAAAGCGUCGAAAUUGGCUGUAGAACACGGAUGUGUGAUAACUCGUGUUCUUGCAAAACCCCCGAAUAACGGUUUUAGGUUUCGGACCACCUUUAAAGACAUUUCAUUUGUUUGAAAAUCUUCCGGUCUGGAAAAUAAUAGUUCUCAGACAAUUUACAUUCCAAACAACAUUUUCGGAAUUUUUCGUUUAUCGUAAACAACCAACAUUUUCGCUAUUUCGUUUUUUCUCUGGUUUUAGCAUCAAGAAUGUUGUUUUAAAGUAAACAACUUUUGCGGUGGGGCAGCGCGAGUAAAGUCGGGUGAGGGGGGCAAGUGCGAACGAGUUAAAAGAAAGAUUUGACGCGGUAAGAGUGGACUGGAGGAGACGGACUCCCGAACCCCUAACUUUUGAUUUGGAAUGCUCACACACUAGCGAGGGCUAUCCAAAUGCUAUGGGCAACAUUUGCAACACCUCUAUGAACUAAGUUCUUUUAGUGGCUCGGUCGGCGAGGGCGGGGGGAAGGGGGAGGGGAGAAUCCCUUCAUGGAGAUGAGGUUACGUGACUCCGGAAAGAGUUCCUCCGCACAAUUUUUUUAAUGAAUGGUCAACGUCUUUCAGUAAAUUGGCUGUGAAAAUAGCCAUAGAUAUUUAAUGUACACCAGUUCAUUAAAAACAACAUCCAGUUACAAGACAAACAAGUCGUGACUUUCGCCUGAAAAGCAACAAGGUUGUUGUCAUAAGAGUCGAACACAAAACAGGAGGAAGAGUAAAAAAAAGGUUUAACGACGGAUAAUGUUCUAUUUGUUGAUAACCUACGAUUCUGAGCUGAUAAAAAUUCCAGUAAUGAAGUGCAAAUUCUUUUUCAAUGAAGGAAGUUACAUAUGGUUCGAAUGUCAAUUACUGAAGUAUCUGCCACGUGCACAUACUUCAAAAUAGACCUUCUUAUGUUGAUUAUGGAAUCUAAAUGCUUACUCGUGUAACUCUUAGUUCUCUGAGUUUCCGCUUUCGUCUCUUGCGAACCUGACAGGCUUCACGUAGGGAUCUUCGGGAUCCGACCAUUAAUGAAUCGUAACAUUGAAAUUCUUUUACAGGACUGAAUUGCGUGAUGAAAGACAGCAGUAUAUUGUAGGCAAAUGAUCAACAUUUUCUCCUUUAUAUUAAGAAAAAAAUACCGUCAUUUAUUAGAAUUCUCUUCGAUCUACAACCGCAACUUUUUUUCAACAACAUAGGGCUCCAAUCGUCUUUGUGUUCGAUGGAACAUCAACAAGUUUAGCUCAAGGUUUUACCAUUUACACAAGCGACGGGUGAAUUUUUGGUUAACGGAGCGAGUAAAAUGCUCCCCAUUUACAUUUUCCAACUUCUACAGGCGAUAGGAAUUUGGUAUUCUUAUUUUCUUUUUAUUAUCUCAGUCCCCUUUUAAUCCUCAAGACCUUUACCGUUCGAAUUCCUUUCCCCUCAUUUUAUACAAUAUCUCUCUUCUUGUUUGUAGAGCCUCACGCGAGUCGUGAGGGGAAUGGGGCAGAGAAUUCAUCCCUAGAGAUCCCCAUCACGUGAAGUUUCAUCGAUAACCCCCAAAACAGACCUCUUUUCAGGCUAAGCUAAAUUAAUAGCAGCAAAUUUCGGGCUUCCCACGCUGCGGAUUAGCGAUUGGCAGAUCAACAAAAUCUGGUAACAUUAAUUAUGGUGUAACAGAUCAGAUAAAUUGGAACCGAUCGACUCGUGCACAAAAAAAAAACUUUUAAUUUCGCGGCACACCCACAGUUACGAGAGUAUUAUGAAAACAGCAUGGUGCACGCUGCCAUUCUUUUGAAAUUUUGAGAACUGUUUACAAUGCACAAGGCAAACUCCAAUCAAAAUAUUAACACAAAUAACAGAAUUCUUCAGCAAAAUUUCAUCAAGCUGCAAAUGAAUGGCUCGGUCGACGCCAGGAAGUCUGUGCGUUAUUAUUUGAGUGACACUAUAGUCGAUAUACCCGGUGGCCUGUUGCACGAAAUUUAAGGGCCAGAUAAAAUUUUUACGUCUGAAGGGGGCAAAAAGGCAACACAUUCGAAGUCUACCGGGCGCCAUAUACUUAAACACAAAGCGCCAAUUAUCUGGCGAUCAAAGCCCGUGAUCACCGUUAUUCCAUCGAGAACCUUUUUCGGAGCGGAAAUUGAGCCGUAAUAGAUGUUAAACCCACCAAGAACAUGAAGGCCUGCAUGCGGUUCUUGAACAACGAAGGUCUUUAGAGACAAUGUAAAAUCAUCUUGGAGCGAUUAUCUAAAUGUCAAACCUCGUAUAUGGAAAAUGGCCGACGUUAAUUGAUAGCCCCGGAAAUUGUUGCCUUCGAGGCAGAAAUGGUAAUGCACGUGACUCCGAUUACGCCGCGCAAGAGAGAGAAAUUCUGUCCAAUGUCACCUUAUUUUUCCGUCAAAAUUUUUCCAUUUAGUAAAACUAAUUUAAUCUCAUAAAAUGCUCGUCUAAGUCCUUCGCGCGAGAUUUCGCCGCAGGAAAAACCCCUGACGAAAAUGUGGAAACCGCCACUCGAGAUUUAAAAAUUUUGUGGUAUGAAAACAUUCCUCCGUGUUCUCUAUCACAAGGUCUUUUUCUUCUUUACGUUUCAUAAGUUCUGGAUUAGCGUUCGUGAGCGCGAUUUAUUUUGAGAGACAACUUAUGCCGGGCUCCUUUAAGAGAAACCUUUUAGUGGCAUUGUUGUUCUGUGAUUUGGACGGUCAGAGAUAAAGAAGAUAGUAAGUAAUGUGUGUCUUGGUCGUCAUGUGUGGUCUUCGAUCGCCUAAUGGAGGUACUACUUGUAAGAUAGACUGUUUUGACCAAUCAGCGGCGUGCAUUGGUGACGUUAGACAAGAGUGGUGUUGCGGAGAUUAGUUUUCACGCAGGAAUGACACCGACGGAUCGGCUUUCAUUACUGAGGGAAUGUACAGUUGCGACGAACUGAAUGACUCUAAGCACGGAUUAUGACUUUUAGAAAACGAUGUUUUUCGCUCUGUGGUUUCUGUCUUACACUUGAGUUACUGUUCAUGGUAGAGACUCUGUCUCAGUCGCCUUGCCGUGAGUGUAGAGCGUUCGCGCUUUGAAAACGUUUCACACCGUUGAAGUUCAACACCGCGUGGUCGUUAAAUUUUUAACCAUCCAGCUGAAAAAUGAGCACUUUUCCGUCAAGAAACUCCGGUUGGGCAGCUGAGAGGCUACGAGAGAUCGACCAGGUGAGAGAAUAUUAAUAAUCCAGAGCUACUCAAUGGGGCAGUUUGCAUCCAUAUUGUGGACAAGUCGCAGUUUCUCUUCAAACUAACGUCUAGUGUAUUGUUUACAUUACUCCGCAUCGAAUUCUCGUCAAGUUCUGCUCGAGCUGGACCAUGUUCUCUGAAAUCGGGUCAUCGAGAGCCUUUUUGAGCUUGGCGAAGGUCUUGAAACAUUAUUUGUAAUUUAAUGGAAAGUUUUUGUGUUUAGUAGUCGCUCAAAAUAUUUACUUUGGAGGGGAUGGUGGAGCCCUCCGUAUAUUUUCUCUCUGUGGAGUUUCGGUAGGAUCAGCUACGAGGGAGGUCGCGAUUGUCAGGAACUAAUUUUUUUAAAGGCAUUUUGACCUCAUGUUGUCGUACGACUUAACAAAAGUUGUGAUGGCGGACAACAGAGUAGAACAAACACAAACUACGUUGUAGGACAGUUAAAACAUGACACCUUCUACGUUCGUUUAUCUUGGACACAUUGCAACAGUUCUGAGGCUUUGACUUUUUUUUAAUCUCCGUCCCGCAGCCCACCAACUGUUUUGAUUGCCAGAUAUAAACUUUAGCAAUUCGUGAUCACAUCCUUUCCAUUUCCUCCGCUAUUAUUUCGCCAGAUGAAGUUGUGUGUGACCUCACAUUGUUUAUGAAAGGCGCCGAAGCAAUUUCGAAUCUGUUGGCGGCUUCUUCUUCGCUGUUGAUUUUGACGCCUGAUCAAAUUUAACGAUCGUUCUCCAUCUUACGACUAUGUAUACUAGACGUGUAUCGAUAAAUCUGUUUAAAAUUCCGGUACUUUUGAUCCUCUGGAAUUUCCCCUUUAUAUCGGUUCGAGAUGGCAACAUUGACAGAUGCAAGAAGAACUAAUGUAAGAAGAGAAACAUGCAAUGUUUGGCGAGCUCAAUCGUUUUAAAAAUUUAACUCGGAAGACCUCGCCCUCGCAGCCUAGUGAGGCUUGUUAAGUUAUCAAAGGCUUUGGUAAGGUUGUCGAUCGUGGUGGUCCAACCGACCGGUAAAACACGUGCUGUUAUACAAGAGACACAAUAAAAACUUCAGUAAGAAUCUCAAGAGCUUGAUAACGAUUCUAUGUAGAAAUAUUUACACAAAGAUGGUUGAAAUUCAGCGGAAAGACCUACGUCAAUAAGUUAAAUUGGUUUGAUCCAUAUCUUUUUGAUCUUCGUGGUUGAUCACGAACUUAGAGCUUAACAAGAAUUAACUGACUAUACUUAAGAUGGAAUGUACUAUUCUUUCAUGUUUAAGUCGUAAGUUCAUUAUGUACAAUGGAACAUCGCAAGCUCCAACUUCGCGCUUACUUGAUACCGGCAAAGCCAUUUCCCUUCAAGCUGCCCAUUUCCCUUCUCGCAGUUACGCGAAAUCCCAGUAACUCGAUUGUUUUUGUUAGCGGCUUUCCGCAGUAGAUUUAACAAAUGCAGUGGUUAUAGAUAUGUAUAUUUUUUCAACAGGGCCAUGCGAAGGGGAAUAGACCGGCUUUGGUCGUUCGCUCCUUGCUGCAGUCUUUCCUCAGAGGCCUUGGCCGCUUUAUACAGCGAAGAUGUGGAACUGUAAUUAUGCUUGGUUUCCUUCUAUUGAUCAUAUCAGCGAUCGGAUUGAUCAAAGCAGAAUUGGAAACAAAUGCUGAGAAUCUGUGGAUUGAAGGUAAGUAAUUAUUUUUUUUGCAAACAUCCUACGUGGAUAUCGGCUGUCAAUCGAUGUGAUUUGGUAGAUUACAAUUAUUUCCUUGCUCCAACAUACUUUAGAAAUGUUAUACAGUCACAUAGCGGACGUAUUGUUUUGCGCAUUUCCUGUCCGCUUGCGAGGUUACAGCCUGGGCGAGAUUUCUUUAGUGACAAGAAAACCAAUUUGAAAGUCAUGUAUGGUAAUUACAAAAUUAAAAAUUAAUCUAAGGGUCAACCCAUAUGGCACACUCCAUUGAGAUCGGAGCAUUCUUAUGGAAGCCAAUUUCAUGCAAUAUGCAAUCUGCAUGUGGUGUAGAUUGCUGCUAUAUUGCCAUUGUAUUUGCUUGUACCUUCACUAGUUGCUAAUGCAAUACAGCAAUGACAUCAUUUUGUAUUUGAAUCUUCCUCUUCAUUAGCUGGGGCAUCUAGGUAAGGGUGAUAUUCAGACAUGUUGAACAGGUGUCAGCUGUCCUACAAUUUAAGUAGCUAAAUCCGAACUUAAAUUCCACUUUUUAAGGUGUACAUCAUCCAAAUUCCUAUUGCAGUUAAAAAAAAAACAAAAAAACCUUGUACUGUUGUGCCAAAGUCAGCUACAACUCCUUUGUGCUAAUUCCUUUCAGUAGAAUUUGAUUGUAUUUUGUCAUUCAGAAAUGUAAUUUUGAAUUGUUCAAAUAUGCAGCAUUGUUUUAAGACUGACAAACCUUUACUUCAAAGUUUUUCAUCUCCUAAUUGUCAUAACCUGCUAGAAUUUUUGCUGGAAAUGUGAGAUCUCUUUGGAAACAGUUUAAGGGUCAUUUUUAACUUGUAACAAUUAUUCUCCAGAUUUGUUAACUUUCUUUGUCCAAAGAAAUAUAAGAAUUAGAGCUUUUAUUUAAAGAGUUGGUUUAAAGAUGUUGGUGGUACCCCAACUAGUAUGUUUAUAUUUUCUAUUGGCAAACUCUUUCACUAUGUUACAUUAAGCUGUUGUUAGCCCCAGUGACUUCUCCCCCAAAUGUCAAACUUGAAUAUGUUGUUACCAAUUUGCAUUCAACAAAUGACGUAAUUUUCUGCUUCAUUGGGAAUUAAAAGAUUUGGUACCAAAACACACAGCCCAGGGAUCAUGGCAGAUGCCAAAACCCAUCAGCUUGAAAAGACUUCGCUUGAUCCUCAACAUGGGAUGUUAUGUCUGAAGAAAUAGAGCAAGAUUUUUAUCAUGUGUCAAUGACCUAAACAAGGGUACAGUUUCAAUAAAAAACAGUGAGCCGUUUAUGUCAGAAUCUCAAAUAAGUUGAUUUCAUGGUGUCCAGAAGUUGUAAAAGCUAUAAAGCAGUGUGAGUCGGUACACUGAAGACUGAUUGUGUCGAGAGACAAAAAUGUCAAGUACAUGUAGGUAUCCCUUACUUCUGCAGAAUGAAACUUUUAAAACUUAACUGAGUGAGCAUGGAUUAUUGUCAAUACCACUUAAAGGAUUCUGAACACUUCCCAGCACCUUAAACUGAUCUACGGAUUAGGAAAUCUUGCUAAUUGCUAUAUCUUCUUAGGAGCCCACCCAGAAAGACUCAAAAUGUUUCUGUAUUCUGUCUAUAAUUUCAGUGGUUUUGGCUAACUUCAGCUGAAGUUGCUUUAAAUGUUAAAAAUGAUCUGUAACAAAAGCAGAUGGCAUCAGAGGUUACAAACACUGUCAUGAUUAAAAAGAUGGCUUUUAGCCAUGAUGAUCUUUACACACAAAAAAAGUUUUACUUGUUUCAUGAUCAAAGAAAAUUUCUAUAGAUUCUAUGCAGUGGUCACAGUCAGGGUUUUUUGUGUUGGCCAUUUAGCUGCCCAGAAAAAAAAAAACUGGUUGUCAGAAAUAAAAGAUCUGUUAGUAUUCACAAGCAAUAGUUUUUUAAAGGUUUUGGAACAUUUCAGAACUUGACACAUGUGCAAAUGAAGAAAAAGGAGAAGAGCACAAAUGAUUUUGUGUGCAAAUGUUUGUCAUUCUUAAAUUUUGGGUUGUAAUUUUUUUUAUUUGAAAAGUGACAACUUGCUACUUAAGCAGCAAACACAGGUUGUAGUCAUCAUGGCAACGAAAAUGGUCUCAGCAUGGAGAGCUGUCACGGGGAAAUCUUUGAAGAUACAGAUCAUAGCACACACAGAUACCAGUAACAAACAUGUAAGAACGAGCACCAGGAAUUUAGAUACCAGCAAGAUUGUUAGAAAUAAAGGAAAACACAAAGACAGCCAUCUUCUUGAUCUUCGAUACUUGCUCCCACUGGAAAAAAAAAGUUUAAAAGUAAUUUAAGUCAGUGGAUAUUUUUUAUACCGGGUUCGUCAUCAAUUACUAUCAACUAAUUUGUCAGCCAGAAAUGGAAUUCAGUAACUAACCAAAAAUUAAUGCCUAAUUUGUCUUUGUGAAUGUUUCAAAUUGCUUUCGAGGUGAAGGAAUCUGGGAAUUAUUAGCUUAGUAAGAUUAUAGCCACAUGUGUCCUUCUGAGCACAGAGAGAUAAGUAAGUGAAUAAGUGCAUAAGCCAGUAAGUAAGUACUGAAGGGAUUUAUUGCAUGAGAAAAGCUAAAGAACAGAAAGAUGAAAAAUGUAAAUUGCUAAUGACAAUUGAAAAAAAUGUAUGCUAAAUUUUUCAAAAUCCUGAAGGCUUGAUGAAGUUCCGUAUGUAAUGGAGAUACUUUUAAGUCAGUCAGACUUUGAAUUCAAACCCUUGCUGCAGUGAACUUUGAUCCAUAAGCUAUUUCCCCUUGGUUUGGAUAACGUAUGAGAGUAUUCUCUGACCAUCAGCUACUAAAUCUUCAAUAACUUGAAUAUUCCUCAUUCUUGGGCAAAUAUCUGUUUCCCUGAGACAUACUAUGUUUGUCAAUGAGUAGCAACUCAAGACAAGUUGACUUCUAACCACAGUGCUUUAUCUCUGCAUCAUGAGUUCUUUGAAGUCAACUGUACAAUGUUGUUGUUAACAAUCUAAUUUAUAAUGCAAGGUAACAAUAACUUUGAAAUAAAGACAAAAGUGGGGUAAAUCCAAUGGGGAAGAUGUGUUAUUAGUGAUUAAAGUACAGAAUAUUGUUCUUAGAGUUAGGCAGCAGAUUUUUACAUGAAGGCUUCAAAGUCCACAGAUUGCAUCAUCACAAUCUGGACUUCUUUGAUUUUUUUACUUCCUACUAGACAAAACAAAAUCAUUGUUACUGUCUGUAUGUUGUAUUUUUAUCCAAAAGAUGAUGAGAACAGUGUCUCUAAACCUUUUCGCUCCUAAGGGCUCAUGUGUAAUUCUCCUUACUGUCUACAAUAACAUUUUUGCAAGUUUGGAGAAUUUGGUAUUGAAUCAACUAAUAAUCUCAUGUUCUCAUCGCUUGUCUGCUUGAUUUUGUAUUGAUAUUGUAAGGAGAAAUUCUGUCUUGGUUACUCAUGGGAGUUAAAGGGUUGAUUUAUCCAUUCUUUGGAGAAUUUGGUAUUGAAUCAACUAAUAAUCUCUAUGUUCUCAUCGCUUGUCUGCUUGAUUUUGUAUUGAUAUUGUAAGGAGAAAUUCUGUCUUGGUUACUCAUGGGGGUUAAAGGGUUGAUUUAUCCAUUCUUUGUAAUUUCAGUGGAUGGUCGCCUGGAAAAAGAGCUAUUGUACACUAAAAAAGCCCUUGGAGAAGGCUAUGGUGGCACACAGGAACUGCUGAUUCAAACGCCAAAUAUCAAAGGGACAAAUAUCCUUUCUGUGCAGGCCAUGAAACGACACUUGGAUGUUUUGAUGAGAGUUACAAAUAUAUCCGUGGAAUUGUUUGACCAGUGAGUUAUAUAUAGCAUGACUGUGUGUUUAUGUAACCAGUUUUGAAUCUCCUGGGUCAUCUGAUAAACAGGAAAUUUCAAUUGUGUAAGACUCGUGGGAUAAAAAGAUUUUAAGCACUGGUUUGUGACCUGACCAACACUCACAGGUUUAAAUCCAAAAAUACUUCAAAUGCCUUCACAUGUGCCAUACCUUUUAAAUGACUCUCUCGUCCUUGCCUUUCCCAACCAGUAAAAUUGUUAGAUAAGAGUUAUACUGUCACUCAUUUAGGCUUAAGGUAGCACUGCAGUACGUGAUGCUGAUAUGGAGAAGUUGACAUUGCAUUAAACUCACUAAAGGCUUUAUUUCUCUCACUUCGUCAGCUUUUGUGUGAUUGACAUAUUUAGGGCCAAGAGCAGUGUAUAAUUAAUCUCCAUUAACUGAGAACCCUUUUUUUUUUGCACUUCAAGAGAAGUCGGCCAUCUUGGCCAAGCAUAUGGUUACUCAGAAGGAAGCCAAGUGAGUCAUAAGGACUCACCAUGGAUUACAAAUAAUUUCUGAUUUUAUUUUUCUAGGACAUGGACACUGAAGGAUAUUUGUUAUACUCUAAGUCUUCCAUCAUUAGAUGAUAAUAUGGGACUUGACAGUGUAAGGUUUUUUUUGGUUUUUUUUUGGUGUAUUUAUCCAAUAUCUCAGUUAUAUAGCUAAGCAUUUGAUUUUAACUUGGAUCUUAUCUUUCAGAUGUUCGGCAGUUACUUUAGUAGGGGUGUCAUGCAUGUAAAAUUAGCUUGUAGACUCCUGGAAGUGAUUAAUAUGUAACUUCUCCCUUAAAUAUCUAUACAUUAUCCAGCAAACGGGUAAUGAGAAUGUUCAUUGUUAUCAGGUAGGGGUUUUUAUCUUGAUCCAACACUAAAUUCUCGUAUAUAAUUUACAAAGAAGGGUGUAACAGUCAGAGGGGAAAUUCCAUGAUCAAUCUUAAAAGUUAAAUGGUUACAAAUGAACAUCAGCUACAGCUGUAGUGGCUCACACAGUGACCAGCAUUCCACCAAACAGAUAUGGUGAAGAUUAUGUGCCUUACAUCUUUUCAAGUAAAUUUUGUGCAAUUUUCCAAUUGACUCGAACCAUUAAAUUGUGAAUAAAUCUCUACUUCUCUGACUCCUCUUAGGUGAUCAUUAGCAAACUCUGUGGUUACUAUACAGAAUUUUUGAGCCAUAAUUUUUUUUUUUUUUUGGAGAUGUGGAAAACAUUCUCCUGUUUCUCAACACAUUUUUUGACAAAUAAACCCUGUCUUUUAUAGAUUAUUCAGCAGCUUCUGCCCUGUGUCAUAAUAACACCUCUGGAUUGUUUCUGGGAAGGAGCAAAACCACUUGGUCCACACAACAAAGUGAACCUUGGGUAAGAAACAUACAUUAAAGAAAACAUUUUAAGGCAAAAGUAGACCAGUAUAGUAAUAACCCAAAGAUUAAUUCUCUUUUAGCAACAUUUUUCUUUGGCAAAGCACUGAUGCAUUGUAGAAAAAGUGCUCUAACAAUUUUGAGCCAAUUAACUUGAAGCAUAUUUUCAUUUGAGUGAAGUCACAUAUUUAAUAAUACGUAUCAUCAUUUGACUGGUACGAAACUGCACAUGCUUCUUUUUGAAAAAGAUCGCAAUGCUUAAGCCACUGCCCUUUGGAAUGUAUGUCCACUUCUCAUCAGUCUCUUUUUGUAUUUUUAUAAAAGGUCAGCAUUCCCUGACAUCAAGUGGAAAAGUUUGAAUCCCAUUGAAAUGGUAGAACAUAUAUAUGAGUUUUAUCCAGCAAUGAAUGAGAAGUUGAUGGGACUGCUGAAUGAGGUAUGAACCAAGAACUUAAAUGUACAGAGAAACCUUUAUUAAGCAGACCCCCAAUUAAGCAGACACUUUCCAUAAAGCAGACGUGGACACUAAAAUAAACUAUAAUUGGCUAAUUUCUAUUGUUAAAAACUUCUAUCAACCUGUUAACCACUAAGAGUGAUGAACAUCUAGUUUCUCUUUACAAUAUCACCUUUGAAUCAAACAUUAAGGUCAUGAGAAUAAAGGAGAUGAUCACCGACUAAAGAAGCUCUUGAUUGUUGAACAAAUUCUCCUUGUCAGAAUUGUAAGAAAUGUGGGAGUAUAGUAUGGAGAAUUUGCCUACUGAUGUUGGGGAGUAAAGGGUUAAGGGGACACUGGACUGAAUUGACAAUGUAGUGUACAGUACGAGGUCCUUGAAAUAGUUGAUUAAAUGUAAUCAGUCCACGUAGCUGUCAAUAAACUGUCGAUCAGAUGGAUAUCAUCACUAACGAAUUAGAGUUGGGAAUGAACUUGAACUCUGGAUAGCUUUGUUAACAACAUCAAGCUUGAUCAAAGUACAGAGUAACAAUUGAGUGUUAAUCUUAAGCAAACAUUGUGCAAUUUUUACAAACCUCUAUAAGAUAGCUACCCUCCAUUAAGCAAACACUUGGGAAAGUCCUAAGGGUGUCAGCUUGAUGGUGGUUUCACUGUAUUUCCUGCCUAUUUUUAAAAUUUUUUUUCUCUAUUUCUUUAGAUGUUUUAAGAAGCCAACACCUCUUCUAAUUCUUACUUCAGAAAUUAUUCUUCCUUUCUCUUUUUGAGUUCAAGUUCAUUUAAAAAAAGGUAUUAUUGUUGUUUAGGCUGGAAUAUCAAGUGGUUAUAUGAAGAAACCCUGCCUUGACCCAUUUGAUCCAGAGUGUCCCGAUACAGCACCAAAUUACAGGAAGGAGGUAAGGAAACUGAUUGAAAAACAGCUUUUGUGUAAGUACCAAGUAUUGGUGUAACCAAGCCUUUUAGAUCAAAGUUACACCUAAGUUACUUCUUGUUAGCAACAUAUGACAUGCAUGUAAGAACCUUGAACUGGUUUGUACGAAGUCUUGAUUGUCUGUUAAGCAUUAAAAUUUGCAACCUGAUUAUCUAGACUUGGAAAAGCACAGAAAGGGAAUUGACUUAUUCUUGAGAAAGUGGGAGUAACAGUGGGUUGUUCUUCACUUGGCUGUAACAAUUGCUAGAUGUAGUAUUGGAAAGAAGAGUAGUAUUGGCCAGAAAGUUGAAAUAGGCAUGGUCGGAAAAGUUCAAUUUUGGGACAAACUCUAAGCAUCUUUACUCAGAUUUUGUGAUUUGAAUUGUAGACUAAAAAGUGAAAGUAAUGGAGUGUGAAAAGUCCAGAAAAGUCAUUGAAUUCUAUACUUUAAAGAGCAUUAAUAACUCAUUUAUGUAUUCAAUGUUGUUAUCUAUAGAAACCAGAUAUAGGUGUAGAGGUGACUGACGGCUGCCAGGGAUUUGCAACAAAGUAUCUUGAUUGGCCUGAAGAGCUCAUCAUAGGAGGGGUGACAAAGAAUAGAACUGAUUUUGUCAGAAGGUUAGGCUUUCUUUGAAAACAUAUGAUCAACCCAUAAUUGUGCAACAGAUUUUGGAUAAAUGGUAGCAUAGUUUGAUAGUUCAAUUACUUCUUGUAAUUGUACUUCCUGUUUCUUUUUUUCCACCACAUGAUUGUAAAUAUUUAUACCUUAAGUUAGUUGAGAUUUCUUUGUCUGCAGAAUGUUUUAAGUUUGGUUCAUGAACACUGAUCAGCCUGUUUUGCUAAGUUUUUUGGAUAUAAUUCUCAAAUAGUCUUAGACUGUAGUAAUUCCAUAGUUUGCAAGGUUUGAUAAUUUGUGAUAUAAUGUAAAAACCAAAAAUUUAGUAGUUUUAUUAUACAUAUUUUCAAACAAUCUGCAAAAGAAGACACUUCUCUCUGAGUUUGCAAAAGCUUGAGUACACAAUACAAACAAGAGGCAUGGAAAUAAGGCAGAGUUUAAACUCAACAUGACAACCCAAUAUCUGCAAGUCAUGUCACAUGCUAUUGUUUAUUGGCUGUAUGCUCUUGACCAAUCAGAGUGUUCACAGUAAGCUUAGUCUAGUGUAUAAUAAUAGCAAUGAUGAUGAGAUCAUAAUGGUGAUGCUAAUCUUAAUAUUAAUUCUUUGCACCAUUUCUAUUUCAGUGCAGAGGCAUUGCAGAGUAUUGUUUUGUUGAUGGGUAAACAACAAAUGUACACUCACUGGCAUGGAGCAGCAAAAGUCCAGCACUUAGAACAGCAGUGGUCAGAAGAUGAAGCUUCUCAAGUUUUGGAAGCGUGGAAGCGUGAGUUCACAAAGGUAAAGAUAACUACAACUUUCAUAUCUAGGGGUGAAGGGAAAGUCUACACUUGAGCUGAGUGGCUAUUAACCUUUAACUCUCGGAGGUGAUUAACAUAGAACUUCUCUCUAUAAUAUCCAUACAUUAUCCUACAAACAGGUAUUGAGAAAACUCCAACUUAUCAGGCAGAAGUUGUCAUCUUGAUCUAACACUAAAUUCUCAUAACUGAUUUACAAGGUAAUGUGUAGCAGCUUGAGGGGAGAAUUAACAGUCAGAUCUUGAGAGUUAAAGGGUUAAGGUGCUGAAACUUUUCCCAGUCUCCAUGGCAUGAAGUAACCAGUGAUUUUGCUCCCCCCUUGGAUUGGGUGCUAGUCUAUAGCAGGUUCCAACCCUCCCCUGAGGCUUCCCUGGUAGGGGAGGGGUACCCAUGUAUACCCCAGUGGAGAGGUGUUUUUUGGGGGGUAAAUCCUCAUGCCCAAGAACAAUGCACAGUGACCCAGCUAGGUAUCGAACUUAAACAUUUCCACUAGGAGUCCAGUAUUUAUUCCAUUUUCAUCACUUGAUCAGCUACACCUGUUUUGCUUUGUUGUAUAAAAGACUUUGUUUUUUUGAACUCUUACAGACAGUCAACUUGGUUGAUCAGAGCGGAGAAGACUCAGAGGUCCUAGCUUUUUCUUCCACUUCGUUUAAUGAUCUCCUGAAGGACUUUUCCAAGACAAGCUACUCCAAAAUGGCAAUUGGCUAUGCACUUAUGGUAAGAUAAUGGAAUUGUUAGACUUAAAUGUGAUAAUUACCUCUUGUAAUGACAAAGAGUGAUUUUGACAAACCAAAAGUGCAGAUAAGAGGGGUCUUGGGGAAUAAAUACUGUAAUUUAUGUAGUAAAACAUGAUCAAAACAACUUUUUGUCUUCUUGCCAGCUCUUAUAUGCAUGUGUAACCCUGAAACACUGGACCAAUGCAGUAGACUCUCAUGGUGCUCUUGGUUUUGCUGGUGUCCUUUUAGUGACUGUGGCUGUUGCAUCAGGGCUUGGAUUUUGUUCUUUUGUCAAUAUCAAAUUUAACGCUGCCUCCACCCAGGUAGGCUGUGGACUCUCAAAUGAUUACAUUUAGAUGGCAUCUAACAGCUCCUUAUCUUUUCAUAUCCUGUUAUUACUUACUUAAUUUUCUUUGAAAAAUAGAUCUUGCCAUAUCUUGCUUUGGGUCUGGGAGUGGAUGACAUGUUCCUGCUGGCUCACACAUAUGCAUCUACAAGAGAUAAAACCAAAGUAAGUGGUAACUAAUUGAGUUGUUGCAGUGAUCUCUAACAACCAAAGUUCUCACAUUCCAAGCAUGAGUGCUUGGAAGUUAAAGUUGCCAUGUGACCUUACUAUUUGUCUAAAAAUUAAGUAAUACAGCUGUUAAUCAUUUUUGGCAGUUCACAGGACAUAGGUUAGGCCCAUUACUUGGUCAUUAGAGAAGAAGAGGUAAAUUUUCAUCAAAGAGAAAGAGUUAGCACUAUAGACACCAACACUUACUAAUUAGAAUGCUACAGCUUGCAACAAUAACACAGGUGCCCCCCCAUGGUAGCUGAAAUGGUAGCAGCUUGGAACACUGCAUUGUUUACAGUCUUGUGCAUAUUAGGGGAUCUUAUUUUGCAAAUCAGCUGAACAAUUUUAAAGACAUAACUUUAAAUUAAUGUUUUUCUCUUAUAGGAACCAGCAGCAUAUUGCCUUGGAAGCACAGGGGUCAGUGUAUUCUUGACCUCUUUUAACAAUAUGUUUGCUUUUUUUAUGGCGGCACUGAUACCGAUUCCAGCCCUGAGGUCAUUUUCUUUACAGGUUUGUGUGCAGAUUCUCUCUGGUUUUGUUUGUCCUCUUUGUACAAAUGAAAGUGACUUAGAGAACCAUGCUUUUGAAUUUCACUAAAUUUGUUUAAAUUGCAGGCUGGCAUUGUGGUCCUGUUCAAUUUUUUUGCUGUCAUAGUAAUAUUUCCUGCUAUGAUAGUGAUUGACAGAAGCAGAAGGAAAAGUGGCAAAUAUGAUCUGCUCUGCUGUAUUGAAAGGUUGGUUCAUGUAUUCAUUAUAGUUGUAAAAUUGUCAGCUUUACCAAAGAAUGCUUCAGCAAAACUCAUUUCUGCAAAAAAAUGUUCUUGAGCCUGUUCAGUAAUUUAGACUCACCUUUUCUACUCAACAAUUAAAGGUGUUCUGAAGCUUCAUUUCAGAUUUUGUAACACUUUACACUGCUGCUGUUCAGUGUGGUGGGCAAGGGGUUGGGUUUCCUGUUGUGAAAUAUCCCAGCUCUGAAGAGCCACAAUACUUGAACCUUGGAUGUAAUGACUUCAUGAAGUUAAGUCAUAUCCUUGCAUAUUUAUUUGUUCUUUUAUAGGAGGACAGAGCCUCAGAGAAUUUCGAUAACACCCAGUACAACAGGGCAUGACAGUGAUCUUGUGCUUCACCGGUAUCACAACUCCUGCAACUCUAUGUCAGACAUUUCUGUGCUGCAAGGUCUCAGUGGGACUGUUAUACUUCCUGGUAAUAUCCAGGCCACGGCGUCACAGACACUGCAUUUCCCUAAUGUGGUGACAGUUCAAGCAUCAGCAUCAGCUGAAGUGGGUAACACCCCUUUGACAGAACGUCUGCGACACAAGAGGGGUUGUCCCAGUAGAGAUAGACAAAUGACAGAAUCAAGUGAUUUUGAACUGUCAGCUUUGGGUAAUAUACGCAGUAGUAAUGGGGUGGGUAAUGCAAAGGCUAAAGCUGGUGCUUCAGCAAAUGUUGUGCAAGUUCAGUUGGGCAGAUCCUUGGAUACAGAGCAGCAGGAUGGUCAUGAUUUUAACACCAGGCCUUCCAGUCACCAAGGUCAUAAUAAAUCAUUUGCAAUCUACUCAGAACAAACACCAGCUGACAGUUGCACCUGUGGAGAGGCUGGCCCUGAUCUGCGAGGUAGAAGACGCACUUACAAGGGACAGUCAAAGGACACCAUUGAUGAAAAUGCUGUUGUGUUAGCUUCCAGAGGGGAAAGCAAGAUCCGAACACUACUACCAACAAAUACACCAAGAAAUGUUCAGUUUCAGGUGUCAGCUAAUGCUGCAGCAAAUGGAGAAUCCACAGUGGCUACUGCUGAAUGUUCUUCAGUCCAAGACUUAAUGAGGACAAGGAGCUCAAACUCAAGAUCAUCCCCAGGGCUUGAUUCAAUGUGGAGGGCCUCAACCAAUCGAAGCAUGUCAGACCCAGAUUUAGAGUCAAACAGGUGGAAUAUGGUGAAAGAGAAGCUCCAGGUUCUGUCGUUGUCUUACUUUGCCAAAGAGUACUAUGGUCCAUGGUUACAAAAAAUGCCAGUCAAGGUGAUAGCAGCUUAUUAAUACAAACUGACUUCAAUAAAGAACUACAGACUGCCACUGACACAGCUAAAGUUACACCACCUACAGUGUACUUUUAAGAAAUAAUUCCACUUGCAUUUUAUAUUUCUAUUUUAUAUUUCUAUUUUAAACUGCAACAGUAUAGCUUCUUAUAUUACCACAUUCCUUGCGUGAAGAUGUUAACCCUUUAACUGCCAUGGGUGACCAAGACAGAAUUUCUCCUUACAAUAUAAAUACAAUAAUAGGCAUCUUGAUCUAGCAGAGCACCACCUACAGUGUACUUUCACCUACAGUGUACUUUCAAGAUUUUAUGCCAUUUGCAUGUAAUGACUUUAAACUGUAAUAGUAAAGCUUCUCAAUAUAUUACCUCACUAACACUCUUUGCCUGAAGCUGUUAACUCCCUAAUUCACAUGGGUGAGCAAGAGAGAAUUUCUCUUUACAGUAUCAGUACAAUACUAAGCAGAGAAGUGAGGAGAAUAGAGAAAAGAUUUAAUCGAGGAAUUGUUAGUUGAUACAAUACCAUUUCUCCCAACUAAUAUCAUAAUAAUUGUAUAACAGACAAUAGGCAGAAUUACUGAUGAGAUCUUGGGAGUCAGAGGGCUCAACUAACAUUUAAAAAAGCAAAGCUGCUGAUAAUACAAUACUUAGACUUACUUAAUUUGCAUAAUGGAAAGCUAUACUAGGUAUAGUUGAAUGCUCCUUACACAAUACUGAUACCUAACUUGUUUAACCAAGAUCUCAUCAGUAAUUUUCCUUACUGUCUGCCAUACAGUUCUUCUGAUGUUAGUUGGGAGAAUUUGGUGUUGGAUGAACUUUUAAAUUCCCUAAUUUAAAUUUGUUCUUUAUUCUCAUCACUUGUCUGCUUGAUAUUGUAUUACCAUUGUAGGGAGAAAUUCUGUCUUGGUCACUCAUGUGAGUUGAAGGGUUAAGGAGAAUAAUGCUCCUGAAGAAUCCUUUAAUCCUUGAAUGAAUGUCUUGGGGCUUAAGUAAAAUAAUAAUUAGCCUUUUAACGAAGACUGUUUUGAAAUAACUUAGACCUGAAGAGUAUUUAUGAUCACCCCUGUCAAAGUUCAAUCUGUUUUACUCAUAUUAUUCAUAUUCUGUCCUUUCUCAGAUUUCUGUCCUUUUUGUGUUUGCCUGUGUCUUUGCUGCUGGUGUGUAUGGCUGUAUGAAAGUAGAGGAGGGCCUGGAUUUGACUGAUGUGGUUCCACGGAAGAGCCCUGAACACAAGUUUGUGAAAGCGCAGUUUGAGUACUUCUCCUUCUACCAGAUGCAAAUUGUGACCAAAGGAGGCUAUGAUUAUCCUAAUGGACAGGAGCUCUUGCUCAAAUUUCAUGAGGCCUUCAAGAAGGUAAAAACUCUUCCUCAAGUGUAGUUUCUCCAGUAGUGGCCACAUUUUUGUUUGGUGUGAUGUAGAAAUAUUAGCCUUUUAACACCUUCAGGUGACAAGUAAGAUUCUUGUAAAUAAGAUUUUUAUUAAAUUUCUGAAUGAAAACCGUGUAAGUUUGUUGCUACAAUUUUCUUAAAGAAAAAACAUGGGGACUUUUUCCUCUUAGUGAGCAGUUUGGGAAACUCUAGUUUAUGAUUUCUUAGGUUCUUUCACUUUUAAUAUGCAGUAAGGAAUAAAGGGUUUGUUUAUGAUUCCUUGAGGUUCUUUCACUUUUAAAUAAGGGUGUGGAAAAUACAAUAUUUCUUGUUGUUUUGGCAUUCAAAGUAUUCUCUCUGUUUCCUCCAAACCAAAGGCCUUUAAUUAAUUAAAAUCUGGGAAUUUGUCCUGUGUGGCACCAUUUCCCAGGGCAGGAAGAUGGAAGAGGUUUCAGUUUUCUGUGAGGCUUACCAGCACAAGAAAUAAUAGCUUAACUUGUUUUUAAUUAUUUCUCACAGAUUGACAACAUCAUAAAAACCCCAGAGGGAGAAUUACCACUAUUCUGGCUCAUGUAUUUUAGAGACUGGCUCAAAGGUAUGUUACAAGGAAAUCCACCUUCAGUGUUAAAAUUGGGCAUGAAUCACUUUAGUAUUGUGUGUGCAACAUUCUGGUGUUGGUAGUGCUAUUAUUUUUGUUCUUCUGAAGAGAUCUUUUAUAUUGUUCAGAUCUGCAGAAGGCAUUUGACAAAGACUGGGAGGAAGGGAGGAUAACUUAUGCAGGAUGGCACGAAAAUGCAUCUGACUAUGGCGUGAUGGCAUUCAAGUUGUUAGCACAAACUGGCGAAAAAGAGAUGGCAAACAAGUCCAUAGUAUGUUUUAGCCUCUAAUAUCUUUUAAUGUAAUAUUGGAUGCUCUGGGUGAGGGUAGCCCUGAAAAAAACUUGUUGCCUUUGGCUGUGGCAGAAAUUUCAACAACCAUUGUGGAAGUUAUGGUCAGAGUCAUGGGAAGAGUUGUGUGUUGGCAUUGUGGUAUUAGGCUGAUCAUGGAGACUGAUCACUGAAUUUGCAAUAAUUCCAUUGGCUCUAUGAUUGGUCAUUUUUUUGUUGUUGUUUUGCUAAGUGAGUGGGUUUGUUGUAAGGUGGGUAUCUGCUGAUGGGAGUCUUCUAAGCUGGUGAACUCACUCCCCAAAGUAGUUUGUGCUUGUCAAAAGUUUGUAGGACUUCUACACCCAGAAGGGAUGUUUAUUCUAACUGAUAGCAGAGUUUUGAUUGCAAAGGUUUCAAGAAUCUACUCUCAUUGAGUUUGACUGCCUUUUUGUUGCUCCUCCAAAUCAACAGGUUCGAAGUGUCAGGUUGGUCAACGAAGAUGGAAUCAUUAGACCAGAGACCUUUUACAAGUACCUGAUGGUCUGGUAUAACAUGGACCCCAUUGGGUACACUUACUCACAGGUUAGUUGACGUGAUAGGAACGUAUUACUCUGAGAGACAUUUACAUCAAACUCUCUUUGGUCUUUGCAAAGGUUCACAAUCUUCCUUUAUAUACAGUUUACAUGGUUUGGAAAAUUCAGGCUGAAUUUUCAAGCUUAUCAUUAAUUUUUUCCAAUCUCUUUAACUGAGCUGCACCAGUAUCACAGAGGUCAUGGGUUCAAAUCCCAUACGUGCCUGAAUUUUUUUCAGGUCCUAUUUUCAACUACUCGUUUCAGUAGUGUUCUUAGCUGCGAGGAUCUCUUAAUUUCAUCUCUUCACCGCAGUGCAAAUAUAUGAAUUUCAUAUAUCUAAAAUCAUCAUUGAGCUGACAAUAGUUUUACUAAAGAUUUGAGGCACAUUAUCAUGACUUUCAAUUGUACCAGUAUGAUAACUCUAUGAAGACUUGACUUCACAAGUCCUCUUUAUGCAGGCAAAUAUCAGACCAGAACCAGAAGAGUCUUGGUACAACAAGAGAAGCACACAAGACUACAGUGCAAUGCGAGGUACAGUGUGCUUGUUAUAAACUAUUGUUAUCUUCGAAAUUAUAAAUGUAUGAAAUACAAAAGGUGUCUACUUCGGUGUAGUGGUACUAGAGUCCAUACCAGUUUCUAUAGCAUGAAGGGACAAAGAGCAUUUCUACUCUCCCCUGGAUGAUAUGCUGGUUCACUGCAGGAUAAUCCCCCCCCUCCCCUUUCCCAUCUUUUUCGUCUCUGGUACACCACCUAUUUGUUCUCUGGGGUGAAGGGGGAGGAUUACUGUGAGAGCAUGGUGUCUUGCCCAGGAACUCAGCAUGAUAAACCGCUCAGGGUAUGAAAACUUCCAGAAUCUCUAGGCUGACUAAAACACAGCAGUUUUCCUUAGUGUGUGUAUGCUCACAAGUUAGUGUUUCAGUUCACUCACUCUGUUGAUGUUCAGAUACUUACAGUUACAUUAAAGGAGAGAAAAUGGUAAAUUUUCUUGUGUGUAAGUGAGUUUUUUUUUUUGCAACAGUUGAGCCACCAGCACCAACGAUCAACUUCUCUUACAUUCCAUUCAAGCUGAUCAAUCUCCGAGAGACAAAAGACUUCAUUCAUAUUAUCAAGGUACAACUUCUUUACAACAUGCAACUAUGGUUUUGUGUUGGUCCAUUAUCAACCGAUUUCAACUGAAAGAUUUAUCAAGGUGUAAAAUUCAUGAAAGUUUAGAAAUGAAAAUAUAGUCUUAUCUCAGAGACCUCAACAACACAACUCUCACUUCACAUGGUUUUAAGUUCGUUAGACAUCUACCAUUUCAGCUUGAUGUCGUACAAUAUGGUAUCAAAACCAUACCAACAAUCUGGAAUAUUAAUUUUGUCUGGAAGUUUUAAAGCUACAAAUAUUACAAACCCAUUAGUGUGUACUUCAACUUGUCAGGAGCAUUUGAAGUUUUCGGUUUUUCUUCAGCUAAGGUAAAAUUCCCUUUUUGCAGAGUGUUCGUGCCUUGUGUGAAGAAUUUGAAAAAGCUGGUUUGCCUAAUUACCCAAGUGGCAUUCCGUUCAUAUUCUGGGAGCAGUACAUUUGGCUUGGGAAGCACCUCAUGACUGCAGUUGCCAUUGUUCUGUCUGCAAGUUUCGUGGUUAUGGCUGUUAUUCUGUGUAACUUCUGGGCUGCGAUGCUGAUUGUAAGUACACUUGCUCAUUAUUUGGUACAUCCGGAAGGGGUUAUAGAGAAAUAACAGUUUGUGAGGGCAUUUAAGAUGUGCCAGGCUGUUUGAGGGAGAUGGGCCACUAUUAUUUUCUUGGAAAUGUGUUUAAAAAAUCGAUAAAAGUCGGUGUGAUGGCAUGUUUAAAAAAUAUUGAUCACAGUUUGCAUGUUCUCGAUUUUGCCGUCAUGAAAAUAAUUUCCUAACCAAGUUUGUUUGGUCGAGUUGUUUGAAUAAUGGCGACAUUUUAAUGAAGUAUCUUGUAUUCAUCCUUGGCAGUUAAAACCCCUUGUUGUUGAUCUGUACAAGUCUUGACUACAUUAGUUCCACCCUCCAUCCCAGAAGAGUAAGGGUCUUUUUUCAAACUCACACUCCGCAUUUUCACAUUUCACAGGUAAUUGUCUUGGUGAUGAUAACAGUUGAAGUGUACGGCUUCAUGGGUUUGGCUGGUAUAAAACUCAGUGCUGUACCUGCAGUGACACUUAUUCUGUCUGUUGGAGUUGGAGUGGAGUUUACUGUACACAUGUGUAUGGUAUGUAUAAAAAGCACUAGAAUCUUUCUUUAAGACGUUUCUGGGGGUUUUAAUGACAAUUUUCUCCAAGUGGCUAACGAUGGAGGAACAGGAGAGGGACUGUAAUUUAACAAGUAAAAGGCAGACAAGAGUUUCGAGUUGCACCAAUUUUCUUUUGACUAAAUUGUGUAGAAUGUUGCGUUUUGAGACCAGUUUGGCCGAAGGCUUUGAGACUUGACCUUGCCCGAUUUGAAUCUAAGAAUUUGCUUACUUUUUAUUGCUGUUACGUUUGGUAUUACUGCGUCGUAGGUUUGGAUUGGUGUUAAUGUCCAAAAUAAUUACAAUAAAUUAUUUCUAUUUAAAAACGAGAUAAGUGAAAAUGAAGCGAAGAAGCCUUUUACUUACACGUUAUACUGCGUUGUUCUUGCAGAAAUUUUUGACCAGUACGGGCGAUCGUAAUCAGCGAAUGCAGAGAGCUGUUGAAUAUGUUUUUUCUCCUGUUGUGGAUGGCGCCGUCUCCACGCUUCUGGGCGUCAUUAUGCUUGCAGGAUCAGACUUCGAUUUCAUAGUCAGGUAAUUAUAACUAAAGAGCAGGAACGCAGAAAAUUAUGCUGUAUAAACAACAACAAACACAACCAUGUGCGUGGUUUGAAAAAUGGCGGUAAAUAUCAAAAUCAGAUUUAUUCCCGUCACACCUUGCGAAUGUUCUUAUGUCAGAUUUCCCGUAUGUGAAGCCCUAUUCACUCAGUAAGGUAUUUCUAAUCAUUUUUUUCCUCGAGGGAAAAUUUCUCAACUUGUUUUGGUAGAGUUAUCCUAAAUCCCUUUACAAUUUCUUCGAUAUUUCUUUUCAAGUCAUUCACGACAGCAAUUAUUGUAGUUGAUGAUAUUUGCCGAAACGAUAUUUCUCGCUUAGAGUCUUAAAUGCUAGCUAUUGGACACAAGUUUCCCUAAUCUGGUCAAUAAUUUUUCUCAGCGCGAGUAUAGCACGUUUCCGAAAGAAAAGAAACACAAUUGUAAAUAUUUUUUUAAUAUGAGCCAUUCUUUUAUCUUCGUUUGUUUAUUUUUUAUCAUCAUUUUUUUUGCAUUUAUUUAGAUAUUUCUUCAACCUGUUGGCGGCACUUAUCGUCAUUGGAACUCUCAACGGUUUGGUAUUUCUGCCUGUGUUGUUGUCCUUGGCAGGGCCUGGGCCCGAGGUAAGUGUCAUGGGUGGAAAUGAGGUGUAUUUGGGUUUUAAGCAGUUGUAUGCGAUGCAGGAACUAGAAAAAAGAUAAAUAACCAACUCAAGACAUACUGAAGCCUUACAGAUGACUCUUUAAAAAACGUCGAGCCAAAUCUCUUCCAAGUUCAUUGUGCGCUUUAAAGGGAACGAAGAUGCAAAACCGAAGCAAUUAGAAAAGCCAAUCAGAGAGUAGCAAAUAUCUCCAGUAGCCGCCGAGAACUCACAAACGAGCAAAUUGCCUGAGGCGCGUAGAACGCGAGUGACUUAGUCUCAAUUUCUUUGCUUUGCAUCUCAUUGGUUGAGUGGGUGGUGUGAGUUUUCCAAACCAAUCACUGCGUGAAGCCAAUAGUAAAACCAAUUUGAUGUUGCUUUCGACAAAGCCGCUGUUAUGUGUUAAUAGAAAGCAUGUUUAGUCGAGGUUGGACCUGACUAUGUCCUCGCAUCAAUGUUGACCACUCUCUUUGUUUUAUAUCAAUACAGAUUGAAGAGGUUCGCCCUCCAGGUACGGCUUCAUCUACUGCUUCCAACGGAGAGUUACUACCAAGCUCCACGUGUAGGCAGAGAACUCCCCGCUCCGAUUCCGAGGUUUGUAUCAUGGAAACUAUCCCUAAACAACAGGAGAAGUCAUCAAGUUCCGGGGGGAGACGUACGCGUCAUAAGAGGGUUCCGCAUAAGAGCAACAGGCGUUCAAAUCGGAGCAGGACUCCCACUGUGGAUUCUGAUUCGUCAAGCUCGACUGUGACUCGCGUUACAGCUCGGGCCACGGUCACAGUCGAAGUACAUACCGAGCAGGUUUCCACUGAGAGAUCGGCGUACCAGAAUUUCCGAAGUGGCGGUGCCCAAGUCGGGCCGAUCCGUAGUGAAAGGGAGAUUGAUGAGGAGGAUUUGCAAGUAACAAAUCUGGAAGAGUACGAGGAUGAUGUGAAAAGAUAGGCGUCAGAAAACCAUUGGAAAUGUCAGAUGAAGGUAUUAUCUAAACUCCUUCCAUAGGAAAACACGCGAGACGUGCGUGCGUGGGUGAAGAGUGCGCGCGGCGCGAGUAACCUGCAGCAGCAUUGACCAAGAACGAGAAGUUGGUGCAGUUAUUCACCAAGAACUUCGUGACAUUUUUUGUAAAGAUAAAACCAGUAAAACCGGAUUUUACUGGAUUGUACCAAACUGUUAUUGGACAAGAAAGGGUUAGCUUUACGUUGGAGAUCUCAGUCUUAAUUAUUCUAAUUUAGAACCGAAUACAAACAUUAUUCGAAUUAUUUAUAUUUGGUGUACAAAGUUCGAAGGUGUAAUUAUGCAUUUACGUGCCAACUGGGCCCAUGUUAUCCUAUUGUAUCGUGUAAUCUACGUCUUGUGUAGAGUUUGCAGUAUUUAUAGUAGAAAAGUGGAGAAGAAGCGGUCACUCGCUACAACCUCGACUUAUAAAGAGAUGUUUGGUUAAUUUAGCCCGCUAUGUUCUGUAUCUACUGGAGCAGUAUGAACCCAGGAAACGUUAUAUUCAGUGGAUUAAAGACUUCUUUUUCGUUACAUCAGUGGAGGGUUUGAUGUGUUCGUCAUACUGUAGACGUUGGUCACCAUCAUUUCAGCAGCUAAAUGCCCCCAUCUGGGGAUAUUCGCUGUUGGGGGUGUGGAUGUGGCUCCAACUUGUUAGUUUAUGGGUGAGAUUUUAGUGUGUUAGUAAAUCUAAGUAUACUACACUGGAGGAGAUGUGAUUGAAACCUGCGGUGGUUGUCUUAAGUUUGAUAACCGUGGUUUUAUCGGGUCCGAUCUUCUCAAAUACCUUUCUUCUCGAAGUAGGAUCAAUACCUCCUUUUCCGAACAGAGGCUGGUUGCCUUGGCGACGGCUGUGUUGACAAAGCGGUGUUCUCCUUCGUGUGAUUUUCUUAAUUUAGAUGUCGCACCUUACAAUGUCUUCGAGUUGUUUGCUUUCAUUAAGAUAGCACAAAGUUAAGUGCCUACAGUUUGAUGGUGAGGAUCCAGAUAUAGAGCGAUUUUCAAUGAAGUGUCCAAAGUAAUCUGGAAUUGCAUUGAUUUUGCUUUGCUUUGUGCCGUGAUUGGUCUGGAAACUCGAGCCGCCAUCUUAAACCCGUUACUCGCCUUUUUCUCGCGCACAAGGCAGUUUGCUUAUUCCAAUCCUGAACACUUAUAUGCUCACUGCGAUAGUUUCCUUUGCUUUAAUUGGCUGUUGUGAUUACGAUGGGUUUAGUCUUAUGACGUUCAAUCGAAAAGCGCUCUAUAGGGUCGUUUACGUAGGUUACAUGCAAUUUUGUGAUAAGGGGUGGAUUAGCCCUAUGAUAUAGUCAAUCCCGUAUCAGUUGUAUAUCUUUUUUUAAAGCAGUAGCCCGUAAGUUAUUUAUUUAAUCCUUAUUACAUUGGAAUAGCUUUAGUAAUCAGUCUUGCUUCUUGAGGCGUUCGUACUCGAGGGACAUACGGGAUUUGACCCCUAAAGUGACAUCAGGGACUCCCCGCUAUUAUGUGACGUUAUCAGAACGUACUGCCCAUGAAGUGUAAGCAGAAGUUCCUCGGCAGUCCUCAUUGCAGCACCUGUUUGGUUGCAUCACGAAUACUUGCGUGACGCUGGUGCAGAGAACUCCUAGCGUAAUCGGCAUAAACGAAAGCUGCGAAUGAGGUUACUCUAAGGGAGAAAAGAGUUGAACAAAGAACAUAGAACUACUGUUUACUAAAGCUAACACUUAGGUCGAUUGUUUAGGACUCCAGACGGCAUAAUCUGAUAUACCGGUAUAUACACGAAGUAUUAUCCCGUUCGUCAUUCUAGUCGCUGGCCAAGAGUACUGAGUCAUGGGCCAACGAACAAAUGUUAAAUUAUUAUCACUGAUAAACACUGUUGGAUAUUUAAUGAAUAAAGUUUCGUUGAAUCUUAC